ACGGAAGCCGUCCGGUGAACUACCUGUUUCAUUGCGCGGUGGCCGGCACGAGCGAUCCCAUGGUAACUCGUAUGCUGUCUGUCCCAUCGACCUUGACACUCGAGCAGAUGCACGAGGUCAUGCAGGUCGCCUUUGGUUGGGGGGAAUUGUCACCUGUGGAGAUUCGAGCUUCAGAAGCUCUAUUCCACCGAGAAAGAGGAGUAGGAAGAUCAGAUGCAGAACGGCUUGAUGCCCCUGUUGAGUUUCGAAAUGGACCCUUGGAACAUGCAGGAGUCCAUGCCCGAUCGGAAGGACACUUUCAAAGAUGCUGCCAAGUGGAGAUUGUGCGACAUCUUCGAGAAGGACGAGUACCGCGACAAAGUCAAUUUGAUUUACGAGUACGACUUUGGUGACAGUUGGGAGCACCAGAUAUCGUUCAUUGGCGUCGAGUCGCCGGGCCUUCGAAUGAGCUUGAUGGCUGAUGCCGAGUACAAUUUCCCCGUGUGUUUUGCAGGCGAGGGACAUCCAGUUGCGGAAGACUGUGGCAGUUACGAAGGCUGGGAGGCUCUCAAAGAAGUCUUCACCAAACCACGUUCGCGUGAUCCAGAAAAUCUGAAAAAUUGGUACAAGACGGUCUGUGCCAAUGGUGAUCGGAAGGGCCUUGACCCGUGGAAAUGGAGCAUCUUCGACGUCAACGAUGGUCUGGAACAAAGGAGGGUGUGAAUAUCAGAGGUGCCAGUGUAUGCCAUACGAUUCAACUCCCUGGGAUCAAGCUGACAGAAUGUCAGGUUCUGACGGGACUGAAACUCACAAUGGCCUGGUUGCCCUACCAUGUAUUAUAGAUCCUGGGGUUGGAAUUU